UAUAUAUAUAUCAGAUCAAGAAAACAAUUUUCACUAAGAUAGAUCGUAAUCAUCAUAAUCAUAUCAGAGCCACUUCUCUGAAGUUGAAGCAACUCAGAAUUUAUACACUUCUAGUUCUUAUUAUCAGAGGAUACAACUCAUAAUUGAUUUAGGUUUUUGCAGGUGCCAUUCAUUCAUAAAUAUUAAGACUCCAUUCACAUGGAAUACAACAAGAAAAAUCACCAUCUUCCUCCUCCUCCUCUUCCACCUGUUUCCGAGACGGAAGAAGGAGGAGGAGGAGGAGAGAGCACAAUGGAGUGCUCGGCGAAGCUGUGCAAGUCGUGCACGGCUGGCCUCAUAGCCGACUGUGUCGCGCUAUGCUGCUGUCCGUGCGCGGUCUUGCACUGCUUCGCCUUAGCAUUUGUAAAGGCUCCAUGGGUUGUCGGAAGAAGGUGCUUCCGCUUAGGCAAGAAAUCAUGGUCGUCGUCGUCGUCUUCCUCCUCCUCAUCUAACAACAAGAAGAAGAAAACACUGAUCAAACACAACAAGAGAAGAUGCAAAUGUUCUUCUUCUACUAUUACAACAACUAGUAGUAGUAGUACUACUACUACUAAUGAUUUUGAUGCUGUCGCUGUCGUGCAAUCAACAUCAUCGGAAACCAAUGAUGUUGUUGUUGGGAGGGACGAUGAACUGGAGAGUGUCACUGUCAAUGCUGGAUUUGAGGCUGACGAGGUUUGGUUAGAGCUUUAUCAAAUUGCUCAUUUGGAUUUUGGAAGGAUUUCUUUCUCAGACCAACAUAAUGAGUGAAUUAUUAUUAUUAUUAUUAUGAUUAUUAUUGUUAUUGUUAUUGCAAUUAAGUUGUUAAUUAUUCGUUUUUCAAUUGCAUGGUCAUUUGGGAUGACCCAAAGGACCAUUUUGCCCCAAUUCAUUGUUGUAUAUAAUGGGACCUUCUUUGGAGCAAUGCAAUACUGACAAUAUCAUUGUUUUUA